AUGUCCGUCGUGCCUACAAUGGUAGGAAAGAUGAGAAAGAGAGGAAAAUCUAUUACAGAGGAGAAGGAACAACCCUUGGAGGUGCGUUCAGAGGAAGUUCAUCGUUCUUCGUCUCCAAGCAAGGAGGGAUUUAAGCUUGAAGAUGUCGAGUUAGUGCCAGUUUGGGUGCAACUGCCUAAGCUUCAAGUUAAGUAUUGGUCAGCUAGAACUUUGAGUAGAAUUACAAGUGUGUUGGGGAAACCAUUGGAAAUGGAUGAGGUGACUACAAUGAGGAACAGAGCUGCAUUUGCAAGAGUCUUGGUGGAAAUGAAGAUCUCAGAUCACAUGCUUGAUGCGAUCUGGUUUGAAGACGAGAAUGGAAUUCUACAAGAGCAAAAAGUCAAGAAACCUAUUCAGAAAGCAUGGAAGCAGAAGAGCGCUCCUGUUAUACAGAUGGCAGACAAUCUUGAGAAACAUACAGGCAAGGAUCAAGAAUCAGAUGGAAAGGGACAGCAAACACAUGCUGCUGCAAUCACACAGGUUUCCAAAGAGAGUGAAGGAGCAACUAGUGGAGGAAAACUUAUUGUUGCACCUAAUAUCACUAAUAAGGAAGGCAAGCAGGGCUUAACCAGGAAGGAUAAAAAAGGUGUAGAUAUACGCACUAUCAGACAGAAGCAAGGAGGAAGAACACUAAAUCAUGAAGCUGGUCACCCUGAUCCAGGGCCUAGCAACCAUGACAAAUCUACUUAG